UCAUUACGCAGCAGUGCUCUGCCGAGGUUGUCUUUCCUCAUUAGAAACCAGAAAGAACGAGAAGUCUGAAGCCUCACGCUACAUUCCAGAAGACUUGUUCGUGUGGAUAGUGAGAAAAUGAGUAAUGAUUCCUCUGAAAACUACGGCGAUUAUUAUGAAGACGCUGUGGAGCCAUGUUCAGUGGAGAGCAGGCAGAACCUUGAGAAGUUCCUCCGCUUGUUUAUUCAUCCAAUCAUUUGUGUGGCUGGUUUCAUCGGCAACACUCUUGUAAUUGUGACGUACGCCCUCUACAAGCGAACCAAAUCCAUGACUGACGUGUAUCUGCUGAAUGUGGCCAUCGCUGACAUCCUGUUUGUGGUGGCUCUGCCUUUGAUCAUCUACAGCGAGGAGCAUGGUUGGGCCAUGGGGAACAUGUCCUGCAAGCUUCUGCGUGGCAUUUAUAGCGUCAAUCUGUACAGCGGGAUAUUGCUUCUGGCUUGCAUCAGUGGAGAUCGAUACCUUGCCAUUGUGCAAGCCCGUCGCUCGUUCCGGCUUCGUUCAAGCACUCUUCUUUACAGCCAUUUGGUUUGUGCAGCUGUCUGGUUGCUGGCCUUGCUUCUGUCCCUUCCCACUUUCAUCUUUUAUGAGCGCUACGAAAAUGGCCUGACCAACUACACCUUCCUAUUCAACAAUAAUACCAACAUGGAAGACGCUCAGUAUGUGUGCUUUUUUAAGUUUGAGUCUUAUGAAACAGCGCGUAUGAUGAAAACCAUCGUACCUAGCUCUCAGGUGGCAGUGGGUUUCUUUUUGCCUUUGCUCAUAAUGGGAUUCUGUUACUCCAGCGUCAUUGUCACCCUUCUUCGGGCCAAGAACUUUCAGAGGCACAAAGCGGUGCGUGUGGUGCUCACCGUGGUCUUUGUGUUUGUGGUCUGCCAUAUGCCUUAUAACCUUGUGCUGUUGUACCAUACCAUCAAUUUAUUUGAACAGCAAGAAUGCAGCCAUGAGGAGGUAGUCACGUUGACCAUGACCAUCACAGAAAGUUUGGCAUACCUGCACUCUUGCCUCAAUCCUCUGCUGUAUGCCUUCAUCGGGGUCAAUUUCAGAAACCACUUCCAGAAGAUCCUACGGGACAUUUGGUGUUUGGGGAAGAACUAUAUGUCGGCGAGGCGGUCGUCACGUGCUACCACAGAAAUGUACCUUUCGACACGGCGCUCUAUGGAUUAUUCCAACAACGAAAAUGGCACUUCGUUUACCAUGUGAUUGGAUGCCUAUUAAGUAACUGAAUAACAUUAACUCAGUCGUCAUUCACUCACCUUCAUGUUGCGUCAAAUUAGGUCAAUUGUUUAGAUUGAAAUAAUAUGAGAGUAAUUCCCCAGUACUGGGUUGUGGCUGAAAGGGCAUCCUCUGCGUAAAACAUAUCCCAGAGUAGUUGGCAGUUCAUUCCAUUGUGGCGACCCCUAUUAAAUAAGGGACAAACCCGAAGGUAAAAGAAUGAAUGAAUAUGAGUGUAAGUAUAUGAUGGCUUCUUUUAUUGGAGGCAUGAAUUUGAAGGAAACACACAAGUUACGGACCAACAAGAGAAAGUGAAUAUCACAUGAACUAUUUACAGAUGAAAUCAGUGAGAUCUUAUGUUGUAUAUCAUGUUUUAACCUCUUCUGUAUAUUUCUGAAUAUUUCAAUUGAUGUGCACUGUAUGUUGUACCAAUGCAGAAUCUUUUAGUUUGUGUACAGUUCACCUGUUGUACAUAGAAUCUUUAACAUUACCCAGUGUACCUGAGAUAUAAACAUGCCCUAUCUAAAUAAAUUAGACAAAUACAACACAAUUAGAAAUAAUGAGGGGUAAAAGGGUAACCCACCUUUUAAUGUCUGUGCUGAAAAAAAAUGACUACGAAGCAAUAAUAUUCUUUAUUCUAAGAGGGUUUUGUAGGGUUAUUGAUGAUAUUAAAUGUUUAAUGUACAAGUACAAAAUUUUGACUUGAACACAUAACAAUAUAACUGUCUUCUACAAAAUCUAUUUCCCUCGUAAACUGUUAUAAGAGACCUAUUAAAUUAGAUCAUUGUUUGGGUAUUUCAAUACAUUUAAAACUGACAUGUUCCACUAUAUGGUUGAAUAAAAAUAGCUGCUGCCUUAGUGUGAACUUCUCCAUUACUUAUAGAACACAAAGUAUUGUACUUCUCUUUGUUUUAUCAAUGUCCCAUA